CCAUCAAAAGUAUCGCAUUCCUCUUUCACGUGUACACAAACUCUUUCUCUUGGGGUAUAAUUAAGGUGAAAGCUAAGCUCUGCUAGAUCAUUUUGGAAUCUUCUUCUUCUUCUGUAAGCUCAAGCAAAAGGGCGUUGAGAGUCAUGGCUACCGUAGAGGAGAAACCGCUGAUGGUCGUCGGUGUGGACGAAAGCGAGCAGAGCACCUACGCUUUGGAGUGGACGCUCGAUCGCUUCUUCGCUCCCUACGCUCCCAAUUUUCCGUUCAAGCUCUUGAUCAUCCACGCCAAACCUAACGCAGUCUCCGCCGUUGGUUUCGCUGGUCCCGGAAUUGUGGAGGUUGUGCCUCAUGUUGAUGCAGAUUUGAAGCAUACCGCUGCUAAGGUUGUCGAAAAGGCCAAAGGAAUCUGUGAGAGCAAAUCGGUUCAUGACGCGACUAUGGAAGUUUUCGAAGGCGAUGCAAGGAAUAUCCUGUGCGAGGUUGUGGAUAAACACCAUGCUUCUCUUCUUGUUGUGGGAAGCCAUGGUCAUGGAGCAAUCAAGAGGGCGGUUAUCGGGAGCGUGAGCGACUACUGUGCCCAUCAUGCGCAUUGCUCGGUGAUGAUCGUCAAGAAGCCUAAGAUCAAGCUCUGAUGAUCACCCAACAGCCAAAAUAAAGUCUCUCCGCCUAGUCAAAUCAAAAUUCGGUGAAAUAAUGUUUACCUUGAUGUGAAAUGAUUCAAGACAAUAUUUGUGUGUGAUUGUUUAUUACAUGUACUCUUUUUAUCAUCAGUGUACUUUUCAGUAUUCCUAAACUAUAUUAUUCCCGUUUAGUAA